CACCACUCUCACAUCACUCUCACAUCCUCAUCGGUGCUGAAAGAUCAAACAACCGCCAAGAUGAUGACUAAAGCCACGCUCCUCCUGUCCGCUCUGACGCUCUGCUGCUGCAUCGCCUCUCUGCAAGCUUUUCCGAGGGAGCGCUGUAUGUGCAUCCAGACCAUCUCUUCUAUGCCUGUCCGAGUCAUCAAGAGAAUCGAGGUGAUUCCCAUUUCAGGAUACUGCCGACGGACUGAAAUCAUAGUCACCAGAAGGAACGGCUCUCAAGUUUGUGUGAACCCAGCGGCGAACUGGGUCUACGUACUGAUCAGCAAUCUGAAAAGUUAAGAUGGGAACUCCGGCUCAACCACUGUGUCACCCAACGCUUCCACAAACUACUUCUGAUCACAAUCUGUGGCAACAUGUGACAUAACAAUGGCUUCAAUUAAAUGUAUCAAGCUGUGAAUUAAAAUGGGGGGGCUGAGAUAUGUCCAGCUUUAAAAACUACCUAAUGAAUCAAAUGAUUCAACACUUUAAUUAAAAAUUCUUCUUUUGCCUUUUUCGGAAAAUGUCAAUAAACAAUCUGUCUUACUUAUUUCUCAGAUGCCUGAAGUACUGACAGUUGAUAGUACAUCACUUUAACGGGGCUGCUUUACUCCCAUGUUAUAUACAUUUUAAUAUGGAUUUCAUUAUUGCUGUAUGGAUACUCAUUCUAAAAUAUAUAAAUGUUGCUAUUUCUUUUUUUUAAAGCCAUAACUCUGUACUGUGAAGUAAUUCUGUGAUGGUUUUAUUACAAAAUCAAUAGAAUGCAAAGAAUGCUUUCCUGUAAAUGUGAAUACACAAUGAUGCUGGGCUGGUACUGUAACCUGUCAUUUUAGUGUUGUGUUAUCAUUACUUGUCUUCUUAUAAAGAAUAAAAGAAGAGAAAAAGGC